AUUAACAUUCUGUGACAUUUGCAGAUGGACAUUUCUUUAUUAAAGUAAUGUAUUUUUGAAAAAAAAAUCCAUAUUAUAAUUCAUUGGAAACCAUGUCUGGAUCGGGUCACAAACAUCGAUACAAGAAUACUGCUUUAGACAGUGUAGAAUUAAGAAGGAGAAGAGAGGAGGAAGGGAUACAGUUGAGAAAGCAAAAACGAGACCAACAAUUAAGUAAACGAAGAAACGUAAAUGUUAAUCAGAUACUAUCAGACGAUGAUCCUCUACAGAUUGAAGGGGAUAUGUCUUCCCCAGUUACAACAGGUAUAUCCCAAGAAAUGGUUGAGGAUUUAUACAGUAAUGAUCCAGAGUUACAAUUAUCUGCCACACAAAAGUUUAGAAAAUUGUUGAGCCAUGAGCCUAAUCCGCCGAUAGAUGAGGUUAUUCAGACUGGUAUUGUACCCAGAUUUGUAGAAUUUUUGCAAAAUACUACAAAUUGUACUUUGCAGUUUGAAGCUGCUUGGGCAUUAACCAAUAUUGCAUCCGGGACUUCCCAACAAACUAGAAUAGUUAUUGAAGCUGGAGCAGUUCCUAUAUUUAUUGCUCUUCUAGCAAGUCAGUUUGAAGAUGUGCAGGAACAAGCGGUUUGGGCUCUUGGAAAUAUAGCUGGAGACUCUCCUGAAUGCAGAGACCAUGUUCUUGAUUCUGGUAUAUUAGUACCUUUGUUGCAACUGUUAGAAAAAUCUGUGAGGCUGACUAUGAUUCGGAAUGCAGUAUGGGCCCUAUCAAAUCUAUGCCGAGGAAAAAAUCCACCCCCAAAUUUUUCUAAAGUCUCCCCGUGCCUUCCUGUUCUGGCUCGAUUGCUUUUCCACACAGAUGGAGACGUUUUAUCAGAUGCCUGUUGGGCUUUGAGUUAUUUAUCUGAUGGUCCAAAUGAGAAGAUACAGGUUGUUAUAGAUGCAGGAGUAUGUAGAAGACUUGUUGAACUUCUUAUGUCUCAGCAACCUAAUGUUGUCUCUGCUGCUUUAAGAGCUGUGGGCAAUAUAGUUACCGGGGAUGAUGUUCAGACUCAAGUAAUCCUCAACUGUUCUGCUCUACCAUGUUUACUUCACUUAUUAUCUUCUGCUAAAGAGUCAGUUAGAAAGGAAGCAUGCUGGACAAUCAGCAAUAUUACAGCAGGAAACAGAACACAGAUUCAGGCAGUUAUAGAUGCCAACAUAUUUCCUGUUUUAAUAGAUAUUUUGAGUAAGGCAGAAUUUAAAACGAGGAAAGAAGCAGCUUGGGCCAUAACCAAUGCCACUAGUGGAGGGACCCCAGAUCAAAUCAGAUACUUAGUGGCCCAGGGUUGUAUUGGCCCACUGUGUGACCUACUUACGGUCAUGGACGUGAAAAUUUUACAGGUUGCCCUCAAUGGCCUUGAAAAUAUACUCAGACUUGGUGAACAAGAGGCAAAAGCUCAUGGGAUCACCAAUCCUUAUACUAUGCUAAUUGAGGAUUGUUACGGGUUGGACAAAAUUGAGUUUCUCCAAUCUCAUGAAAACAUGGAAAUUUACCAAAAAGCUUUUGACAUAAUUGAACAUUUCUUUGGCACUGAGGAGGAAGACACCAAUGUGGCCCCCUCAAUAGAUGGGAACCAUCAGCAAUAUCAGUUCAGUUCUGAUCAGUCUGUUCCCAUGGGAGGUUUUCAGUUUUAGAAUCUUUUUCUUUUAACAUUCAGGACACAUAUUGUGGGUAAAUCAAAAUAUAUCUGAUUUAUUAUACAAGGCAGUGCAAUUGACCAAUAAUAAGAAUUUUCAUUUCUAUCGCUUAUAAAAAAACAAAAUGUUUUUGUUGUUAGGUAUCACAAACCUACUGAAGGAUUACCGAUGGAGUUGGAAAGGUUUUAAAAAAAUAAUACAAACUGUUUUCAUUAGUCUUUGUU